AUGCUGCCGAUUCUCCUCCUCGUCGCGGUGUGCCAGCUGAACUCGCCAGGGAGCGCCGAGGUGGUGACCUCUUUUGAAGACGUCUGCCCCCAGUUUUUCUUCAGAGGAACCCCUCCGAGUAUCGGGCUGGCUCCCUGCGCCCGGCUCGGAUUUGCCAGCGGUACAAAAACCAGUAUCGUUUUGCCACGCUGUACGACCGAGACAACCGCAUCCCGGUGUUCUCUGCGUACAUCUACAACCCUGGGCAGGCGAAGAGGCCGAACACAUGGAGGAUUGAACCGCAGGUAAGAGGUCUGAGCAGACAAGAGCCGCUGCUUUAAACUCAGUGUCCCCACCUGCGUUCAAGCAUGUUUCUCAGCACAAUUCACAGCUGGGGAGCCAGCUGUGGUGUAGUGGUUAAGAGCGGUGGACUCGUAAUUCAAAGUGUUGGUGCUGACCUUUAAAGCCUCGGCCCAGUAUAUCUGAAGGAGCAUCUCCACCCCCAUCGUUCAGCCAGGACCCCCACUGAGGUCCAGCGCCGAGGGCCUUCUGGCAGUGGCGUAGCAUGGGUUGUCAGCACCCGGGGCAAGGCAAGUAAUUUGCGCCCCCUAACCCGCAUGCCUGGCACCCCCCCACACAGUGGGCGGCGACCCAGCGGCUCGGAUCGGAUUCGCACAGCCAGCACUGCCGAGAGAGAGAGUGAGUGAGCCAGGUAGGGGCAGAGAGCUGCGAGUGUGAGCGCCCCCCCCAGAUGUUGCGCCCAGUGAGGCCGCCCCCCCCUGCACCCCCCACGCUACGCCAUUGCCUUCUGGCGGUUCCCUCACUGCGAGAAGUGAGGUUACAGGGAACCAGGCAGAGGGCCUUCUUGGUAGUGGCACCCGCCCUGUGGAACGCCCUCCCAUCAGAUGCCAGGGAAAUAAACAACUACAGUGGUACCUCAGGUUAAGAACUUAGUUCGUUCUGGAGGUCUGUUCUUAACCUGAAACUGUCCUUAACGUGAGGUACCACUUCAGCUAAUGGGGCCUCCUGCUGCCGCCGCACAAUUUCUGUUCUCAUCCUGAAGCAAAGUUCUUAACCCGAGGUACUAUUUCUGGGCUAGCAGAGUCUGUAACCUGAAGCUUCUGUAACCUGAGGUACCACUGUAUCUGACUUUUAGAAGGCACCUGCUUAGGGAAGUUUCUAAUGUUUGAUGUUUUAUUGUGCUUUUAAUAUUCUGUUGGGGGGUGCCCAGAGUGACUGGGGAAACCCAGCUAGAUGGGCAGGGUAUAAAUAUAUUUAUUAUUAUUAUUAUUAUUAGUAGUAGUAGUAGUAGUAGUAGUAUUCAGCCUGCCUAUUUGGGAGGGAAUUCAGACAUUGCAAAGUGCCUAAGUUCCUGAGGAAACCCUGAUCUGGGGAGGCAUUGCACCCCAACACAUCUUACUGCUGAAAGUGGGGAGAGACUAGCGAGAUGGUUGAAGGCAGUGUUCGGCUGGGGGGGGGCAGGUUUGUCUUCUCAUUUACUCCCUUUGUCUUCUCAGUGUGGUGUAGUGGUUAAGAGUGAUAGACUCACAUCAAACAAUUGUUAUCCCUCACUUUCCAGGGCACUUUCCUUACCACAAAAAAUGUUCUUGGAGAGGGUGGAAGCGUGUUUCUUGCAUAGAGAACCAAAUCCAAAGUAAUUGGGCAAUCUCAAUUUACUGGUAUGGGAUCAAAUCCCACACAGGAAUUUUGGAUUCAUUGGUGGGGCUUGCUUCCAAGUAAACAUUCCAAGUAAAGAUGGGGAGAUGGGCUAGAUCCAGAAGGGGGAGCCAGUGUGGUGUAGUGGUUAAGAGCAGUGGACUCGUAAUCUGGUGAACCGGGUUCGCUUCCCCGCUCCUCCACAUGCAGCUGCUGGGUGACCUUGGGCCAGUCACACUUCUCUGAAGUAUCUCAGCCCCACUCACCUCACAGAGUGUUUGUUGUGGGGGAGGAAGGGAAAGGAGAAUGUUAGCCGCUUUGAGACUCCUUCAGGUAGUGAUAAAGCAGGAUAUCAAAUCCAAACUCCUCUUCUUCUUCUUCCUUGCUUGCACCCGUCUCUCUUUUUCCUAAAGCUCUUGGAUUUAGCACUGCCGCCCGAAAUGGAAACGGAAGGAUCCCUCCUGCAGGAAGGUGAUGACAUGCAGGAAGCACUUAAAGGCAGCCAGGCCGUUUUGCUAGAUUACAAGAACCUAACCGAUUUCAACAGGGGUCACCUUAACCCCAAUGGCCACCAGCCCGACCGGGACGCCAAGACUUCCACCUUCACGUUGACCAACAUUGUGCCGCAAUACAUCAAGCUGAACGGCGGGGCCUGGAACCACUAUGAGCAGUCGACGAUGGCAAGCAAGACCGAAGGAUGCAAGGAAACCUUUGCCGUGGUGGGCGCAGUGCCAGGGGAUAGCUUCAUUGCCAAAGGCAGGGUCAACAAGCCCAGCCAUGUAUGGUCUGCAGCCUGCUGUGUCAUAGACAACAAUCACCUGAGAUCUUGGGCCAUAAUUGCCCGGAAUGACGAAAACGCAGUGCAGACUCUCACUCUGGGGCAGUUGGAGGAGAAGCUGGCAGAGUUGUAUAACCAGAGUCACAUCUCUCUAUUUGAUAGUGAUUGUCCCCGGGAAUAA